UGGAAGUUCUAUCUCUGGAAGUUUGUGUUUCCAGAAGUGAUAUUUCAGCACCGGCUUCUCAGCAUUACCAUAGUGCUUGUAUCCGUACUGUGGCAGAAUAGGAAGAGCUUCUGGAACUGACCGAGGUUCUCAGAGGGUUGGGACACUCCAGGUUCAAUGUAAUCUUAUUGGGCACCAGCAGUGGAACUGUUCAAAAUGGUUUAUGGUGAAUUUUUCCGCAGACCUGGCAAAGAUGCAGAACUUAUCAAUUUGAAUGUGGGUGGCUUUAAGCAAUCAGUGGAUCAGAGCACUUUGCUCCGAUUUCCUCAUACCAGACUUGGGAAACUUCUCAAAUGCCAUUCAGAAGAGGCUAUUCUAGAACUAUGUGAUGAUUACAGUGUUGCAGACAAGGAAUAUUACUUUGACAGAAAUCCUUCCUUGUUCCGAUAUGUUCUGAACUUUUACUACACCGGCAAACUUCAUGUCAUGGAGGAGCUUUGUGUCUUUUCCUUCUGCCAAGAAAUAGAGUACUGGGGGAUAAAUGAGCUGUUUAUUGAUUCCUGUUGCAGCAAUCGGUACCAGGAGAGGAAAGAAGAAGGUCCUGAGAAAGACUGGGAUCAGAAAAGCAAUGACAGAAGCAUUGACUCCUCUAAUGAAGAAUCAUCCAUAUUUGAUAAGGAACUGGAAAAGUUUGAUAAUCUGUGCUUCGGUGAAAUAAGAAAGAAGAUCUGGAUCAGAAUGGAAAAUCCUGCAUACUGCUUGUCUGCCAAGUUAAUCGCCGUGUCCUCCCUGAGUGUUGUCCUGGCAUCAAUCGUGGCCAUGUGCAUUCACAGCAUGCCCGAAUUUCAAAGGCUGGAUGCCAAUGACAGAGAGAUUGAAGACCCUGUGCUGGAAGCUGUGGAGAUUGCGUGCAUCAUCUGGUUCACUGCUGAGCUAGUGAUCAGGCUCAUCACUGCUCCAAGUCAAAAGAAGUUCUGGAAGAAACCACUGAAUAUCAUUGAUUUUGUCUCUAUUAUCCCAUUUUAUGCCACCUUGGCUGUGGACACAAAGGAAGAAGAAAGUGAAGAUAUUGAAAACAUGGGGAAAGUGGUGCAGAUCCUGCGGUUAAUGAGGAUAUUUCGCAUCCUGAAACUGGCCAGGCACUCUGUAGGACUGCGGUCUUUAGGCGCUACUUUGAGACAUAGCUACCAGGAAGUUGGACUUCUCCUUUUGUUUUUGUCUGUUGGGAUUUCUAUUUUUUCAGUUCUUGUCUACUCAGUGGAGAAGGAUGAUGACUCAUCAGAACUGCACAGCAUCCCCGUUUGCUGGUGGUGGGCAACGAUCAGCAUGACCACCGUUGGUUAUGGAGACACUUACCCAGUCACACUUGCUGGAAAGCUGCUCGGCACCUUAUGCAUUAUCUGUGGGAUACUAGUGGUAGCACUUCCAAUCACCAUUAUUUUCAAUAAGUUCUCUAAGUACUAUCAAAAGCAAAAAGAUAUUGACCCAGACCAGUGCAACAAUGAUCGCAAAGAGAAAUGUAAUGAUCUACCUUAUUUUAACAUUAGAGACAUUUAUGCAAAAAAGAUGCACUCAUUCAUUUCAAGCCUUUCCUCUGUAGGAAUUGUAGUCAGUGACCAAGAUUCAACAGAUGCCUCCAGCAUCCAAGAUAUGGAGGACGUUUAUCACACAACUACUUUAGAUAACGGUGCAGGAAAAUGAGAGGAAUCACUUUCUCCUUCCUUUAUUUUUCUUUUCUGAUUCUUGGUAAAUGUGGACUUAAAGACUUCAGUGAAUUUAUUAAGUGCAGUUAAUUCUCAGGGUACUUAACUCUUAGCCAUAUUUGGACAUUCUUUGCUCUGAGGAUGCCAUACAAGCUUCAUCAGUUAUAAGAGGCUUUAAAAUAUGCCUCAUGUGGUGGUUUGGUUUUUACACAACUAAUGAUAUGCAUUUUUUUUGAGGAAAAAAGUCAGGAAAACAGUUUUAAAUGUGAGAUCACUGUUUGUUUGUUUCCUGCAGCAAUAUGAUAGCUUACACAGAAUCUUGCUGCUGUUCAGGUAGAUGUAUAUUGCAAACGUAUAAGAACUAUGGCACAUCAGUGGAGUUUGUACUGCAAAUAUAUCAGAAGAAAGAAGGAAUUAUCUACAUGUAAAGCUGUGCUCAAUUACACAUUUAUGUAAUCCUGGAGUUGGGAACCAACUUGGGACAGAAAAUGUAUUGGUACAUAGUGUUUUUACUCCAUGGCAGCAUAAUAUUUAUGAAUUUCUUUCCAAAAGCACAAUGCAUUUUUAGUUUGUUAAGAUAAAUUAAUCCCAUUGUGCCUAUAUUUUUUCCAGUGUCCCACAUCUAGCAUGGCCAAGCUCUGGAAGGUUCCGAAGGGUCUAAACCAUGAGCACCAGAAUGAAACUUAUGGCCUAAGGCUGGCCAGGAGCUUAUUGUACCUUUUAGCCACCAUCUCUGCCAUUGCAAACCUGAGCAGUUCUAGUGCCUGGAGAGGAUCCUGCUGUGACGAAGACCACCCCAGUGGCUUCCUCAGAGGCUUUGUUCUGUGGGUACUGAAGUGAACUGUCAUGGUGGUCUUCAGAAGUUACUGCUGCAUGCUGUCAGCUCUGCUCCUUUGCUGGAGGUUACUGCCUCAGUGGCGAAAGCAAAUGUGAGCAGUGUCUUUGCUGCGCUGCUUCCCAGUCCAGGGCUGUAAUGCCAGGCAUUGGAGACAUGUGGACAUGCUCUCCUCUACCAUAUAUUGCCCCUCAGAGAGGUAGGGUAUGCACUGCAUGUGGGCACCCAUAUGUUAACCUAUUGCAGCUCAUUUCUCUAAAGCUCAUCUGUUGGGGAUGGCAGCCUUCCUGGUUUGUUCUGUGGGCUGAAGCAGCGCUCACUGCCUGGCAGAGCACUGCAGCACUACGCGUUCCUCUCCCCUCCAGGGAUUUCUUACGCAGCCAGCUAAUCCUGCUCUGGUUCAAAUUGCGCUUUCCAGGGCUAUUUGAAGGGAAAGCUGGCGCUGGAAGCCUCCCUACUAAGGAGUGCUGAAGAAACCUGGGGACCUCAUAGGAGUCAAUAAUACUUCUGAAUACUCGUUUAUUUUUUUUGGUCAGUUUCUAGUAACCGAGUAGAUGCUGGGCAGUGAGGAAUCCAAGCUACUGUGAUGUUGAUGUUUUGCUUAAAGAGAGACUUCACUGUUUUUUUGUUAAUUUUUUUUUUUUUUUUAUCAUUUAAUCUCCAGUGGGCUGAAUCCUGGAAGCCCUUAGUCAGUUUCUAUGCAAGCAGAUCAAACUCAGUAGAAGCUGACUUCAAGACUGAGUAAACCCAGAUGGGAACUCACUUCUAGCCUCUGCAGAGUAACUCAGAGGGCUGUUUUUUCAGGUGUAUAUCAGGAUUUCUAUUGUAAAGUACACUGAGUGAGUAGCUGAGUUGCGCUGGUACUUGCUGAGGCACAGAGCUCCAAACUCUUUGCAGGUCAGUGAAACAAAAGAGAAUGGGAUGGACCAACCUAUACCUUGGAAAGAGGUGUUCUUCAUGACUGUUGUGCACCAGUGUAGUAAUGUGAGACUUGGGAACACUUUGAGUUUUGGAGAAACUUCAGAAUUUGGCUCAUUACUUGCUGAGUGUCAUAAGGGUAUGUGAUGCUUCACAGGUAAUCAAAGUUAAUUCUUCCCAUUGUAAUUCGGGAAAAUCAAAAGGGAAAGUUAGCCUACAUGUGUUUUGUUCUUAGUGAACAGUUAGCAUUACAAAGAUGCAAUGACAUAAAAUAAUAAAUAUGUAUGUGCAUAUGAAUGUAAUAGGAACCAGCAGAAUAACAGUAUAAAAAUUGCUCUGUCCAAAGAAACUCUCUUGAUAUGCUCCAUAUAUAGAUCAUAUUGUUGUUGAAAUUUAAAAGCAAUGGAAAACAUUGUAAUGCAUCAAAAACUGCAAGAAAUUUGUA